AUCUAAUGUGUGUGUGUGUGUCAUUCAACAUUCUCUUCACCUUCACAUAGUUAAUUUGCUGCCUUCCCUUUUUUGCUCUCGUUUUGACUUGAUAAAUUAAACAAACAUCAUGUCUUCUUCAUCUUCCAACUACCAGCUAGAGCGCUUUCGAAUCCCACUUAAACAGAUAGCAGAUGCCACCAACGACUUUUCUUCUGUAAACCUCAUCAGACGAGGUGGAUUUGGAGAGGAGUACAAAGGUCAGCUCUUGUUGUCUGGGCAAUUGAUCAAUAUUGUUGCACGAAGAUUAGAUCGUCAGUGUGGGCAUGGAAACAAAGAGUUCUGGAUGGAGGUUUUGAUGCUUUCAACACUCAAGCAUGAAAAUCUUGUCUCCAUCAUUGGGUUUUGUGACGAGAAUGAAGAGAAAAUCGUUAUAAACAAGCAUGACGCCAACGGAAGUCUCGACCAAUAUCUAAGAGAUCCGGCAACGCUCACAUGGACGAGAAGAUUAGAGAUAUGCGUUGGCAUGGCACGUGCAUUGAGUUACAUCCAUUACGAUAAGCGACGCAAUUUUAGCGUUGUGCAUCGUAAUAUCAAGAGCUCAAAGAUUUUACUAGAUGAUAACUGGAAACCCAAGUUAUCUGGUUUUGAGCUUUCUAUGAAAACUACAGCAACUCGAAGACACCGACUACUCCUUGGUGGUCUUUGUGGCACUAGAGGGUAUAUAGACCCAAUAUAUGAAAAGACGGGAGGCGUAACGCACAAAUCGGAUGUUUACUCGUUAGGGGUUGUAUUAUUUGAAGUCAUGUGUGGGAGGACGGCAUUCAUUAAUCCUAAGGGGUUUUCAGCUCAAUUGGCCAAACAUGAUUUAGAACAGGAAUCAACCGAUAUGGUGGGAAAAGGGGAUCAGGGAUUACCUGAUCUCGUCAAAAAAAUGGAUGACGGGAGUUCACCAACACCGGCUAAUCAAGAUUCCACAAAGGGAUUGCUGGAUGUGGUGGAAAAUUUGGAUGAGGGGCUUUUACCUCAACUGGCCAAUCAAGUUUCCACAGAGACAUCGACAUAUGAACUUUCCGUCCCUCCACUUCGGUGGUCAUUAGUCAGCAACUUGCCAGAACUAAUGGAAGCACCAUCAUUAAGCGACAUCAGAGAUCACGUCCAUUCUAGCACCUACAUGUUUUCAGAACCAGGAGAUGGAGAGGCACCAGGAUCCAGUGACUUGGGGCAGCGAGAAAGAUCCGACAUCGGAACACUCGAAGGUACAUCAACCAAUCAGUUGAAGGGGAAAUUUUUGAAACACUUGGAGAUCCCACUAAGUGAAAUAAAAUCGGCCACCAAGAAUUUUCAUAAAACAUGCCUCAUUGGGGCAGGAGCAUAUGGUGAGGUGUACAAAGCAGAACUUGAUCAUUUUGAUAACAAAAAUGUCUUGCCAUUAGAAGAUAAGAAUAUAAGUGACCUUCCAAAGAAACACAACACUGUAGCUAUAAAACGUAUAAAGAUUAGAGAAGAUAACCAAGGUCAAGAAGGGUUCCUUGGAGAAAUUGAAAUGCUUACUAGUUGUAAGCAUCCCAACAUAGUCUCUCUUCUAGGCUUUUGUGAGGAAGGUGGUCAUAUGAUACUUGUGUAUGAGCAUGCUUUUAAUGGAAGCCUUGACGAUUAUUUGGGAAGUGAGGGUAGCUUGACUAAUCUUACUUGGGUGCAACGUAUAAAGAUCUGCAUUGAUAUUGCACGUGGAUUGAAUUACCUUCAUACCAAGAUAGAGGGUGAACAAAGGAUAAUACACCGAGACAUAAAAAGUGGUAACAUUUUGUUAGGUGAGAAUUGGGAGGCAAAAAUUGCAGAUUUUGGACUCUCCAAAUUCCACCACGAUGAUCAACAAGUGAACAAGACUCUCUUUACAAAAAAUCUUGCAGGCACAGAACUGUAUUUGGAUCCAGAAUAUGUUAACACGGGUAGGUUGAAAAAUGAAUCAGAUAUUUACUCUUUCGGAGUUGUUUUAUUUGAGAUGAUGGCUGGGAAGUUUGCCAAUGAUCCAAUUUUUACCAGCGAAAACAGCAACGGUAUUGCACACGUGGCACGUCGACGCUUCAAAGAGGGUAGAAAUUCAAUAAAGAAAAUGGUGGAUCCUAGAUUAAUGGAAGAAACUUAUGAAAAUAUUUUCACUCUAAAUAAAGGACCCGAUCAAGAUUCCUUGUAUGCAUUCUCAAAAAUUGCGUAUCAAUGUCUCGCAGAAACUCAAGCUGAGCGUCCAACAGCAGAAGUCAUCGUCAAGAAACUUGAGGAAGCAUUAUCUUUUCAAGAAAACAUCAAAGACAACCUCAGAAUUUCACUUGAAGACAUAAUAUUAGCCACAGAUAACUUCAGUGAUAGCAAUGUCAUUGGAAGAGGAGGAUUCGGAAGGAUAUACAAAGCAGAAGUUACACAUGCUAAUGGUCGUCACACCAUUGCUGCAAAGCGAUUGGAUCCAACUGGUGGUCAAGGAGAAACUGAAUUUAUGGCAGAACUUGAAAUUCUUUUGGAGUAUAAACAUGAGAAUGUCAUUGGCCUUAUCGGCUACUGCAAAGAUCACGUUGAACAAAUCAUUUGUACUGAGUAUGCAUCUAAAGGAAGUCUUGAUGUACACUUGAAGGACAAUGAUCUUACAUGGAUGAAACGACUUGAGAUAAGCAUUGAUAUUGCACGAGGGCUGGAUUUCCUCCAUGGAGGUGGCGUAACACAAGAGGUGGUGAUGCAUAGAGACAUCAAAAGCUCUAACAUUCUACUAACUGAUAAUUGGAGAGCAAAAAUUGGUGAUUUUGGGCUGUCCUUAAUAACUCCAAUAGAUGAGGAAACGGACUUUGUCAUUGACAAUGCUUGCGGCACACCGGGCUAUUGUGACCCACUAUACGAGAAAUUGGGUUUCUUAACCAAAGAAUCUGACAUUUACUCAUUGGGAGUGGUUUUAUUUGAGAUCUUGUGUGGGAGAUUGGUGUUUAAACGCAUCAUUGGUUCUUUUCAUAAUCGAAUCACUUUGUUUCAACGUCAUUAUGAAAAAGGAGAACUUGAUCAAAUGGUGUUUGAAGGUAUAAAGGACCAAAUUGCCCCAAAAUCAUUGGAUAUCUUUCAAAACAUUGCCUACCAAUGCUUACAUGAUGAAAAAGAAAAACGACCAACAACAAGUAAGGUGCUACUACAACUUAACAAAGCCUUGGAAUUUCAAGAUGAUUACGACAUAUGGGAGCCCAAAUUGCCUAAAGACUAUGAAAAAUUGAUCCAAAUGUCAGACUCUCGAGAGAUUUACUCUCUUGAAAAGAAAAAAGACAUCUACCAAAUGCUAUGCAACGGAGUCCUUCUUCAAAAAGGCAAAGUGUUGUUUUCACUAGACGUUGAUGGAGAAAGAAAUGAAAUGAUAUCAGCAACAAAGUUUUCAUACAAAAAUCGAUGGUCACAUAAGUGGCGUUCUGUACCAAAAUCAAGGUUUCAUAAAGUGGCGGAGUUGUUAGAUAUUUCGAAUCUAAAUAUCCAAAUAAAGAUAAAAGCUCAGUUUUUGUCUCCGGGUGUCGAUUAUGGAGUUCGUCUUGUGUUUAGAUUUUGUGGUCCAAGAAAAUCUGUAGCUAAACGGAUGUAUGUGAACCUCAAGUACAAAAAGGGGAGCGAAAGCUUACAUGCAUAUUUUGCAACAUGGAGAGAAGAUGGAUGGAUGAUGACUGAGUUGUGUCGAUUCCUCAAUCACAAUAGAGAUGUUGAAUUUGAGUUUCUACUAGAGAGCUUUUCACAAUGCUACUGUGAAAGUCGUGGUGUUUAUAUUGAAGGCAUAGAGUUUGGAGCCAUUGAUAAUGUGAAACAUGGAGAAAUCAAGGAUCCAAAGGACGUCCAACAACCCUUGAUCAAAUUAGAUUUGAGCACAGACCAAGUGCAACAAUUGCCAACUAAUUGUGAAAAUGAAGUUCAGAGAUUUGAAAGCUAUGACGAGGGUGAAAAGGCGUUCUCCCCAAACAAAGUGAGCAAAAAGAAGCAUUUUAUCCUUUCAGCAAAGGAGGCUCUUUACGUAUCUUCCGAUGUGAAGCUUUUUAAAUCAAUGCGCUCAACCCACUCCAGAUCUGAAGAUGUGGUUGAGCUCCUACGUCAACAAGUGUUUCGUAUCAAGUGCAAGAUUGAAAGUCAAAUGUUGUCACCAGAUACAGAAUACACAUGUUACCUUGUGUUCAAGCUUUCAGAAAAAUGUCAUGGCUUGUAUUGUCCGGUGAUAGUACGAAAUUUACUCAACCGAAAAAUCAAAGAGAAGGGAAUUGUUUAUUUUAGAUCCCCAAGCCCAUGUAAUGUCAAUGAUACUGAUCGGGUUCCAAAAGAGAGGGAAGAUGGAUGGAUGGAAGUCAAUGUGUGGAAAUUCAACUCAAGUAAUGGGAUUCGAGAUGAUUGUGUUUUUAUCAAUUUGAAACUGAUAUGUUAUGAAGGAACUAUGUCCGGCCUCAGUAUAAGCAGCAUCGAGUUUCGGUCGAUGUAAUUAUGAGACAAUGAUGUGAGCAAGUAGAUACAGCAAAACACAGUGAACAUGACAAUUGUUUGUCUUACAUUGAUUCUACAGUGCGUGUGUUAGGAGUAUGACAUUUUUCAUACCA